CCUCACUAUUUUUACCCAUUACUCAGAUCCACCGCCUCCCUUUAUAAGCUUACAUUCCCUUAACCCACGCUUCUCUCUCUCUGCUUUUUUCUUUCUCUCGUUGGCCUACUAGCGGAGAGAGAGAAAGAAAAGAAAACCCAGUCUCAGAUCAGGUUAUAUUAUCUACAUAUCAAGAUGCAGUCAACCAAUGGUCCUGAUCUGAACUCAAAACAACAACAGCCGCCACAACAACAAGGCAGCCAGCAGUUGCAGCAGCCGCCGCAGUGGGUGCCAAACCAGUGGAUGGGAGCCAUGCAAUACCCGGCGGCUGCCAUGGUAAUGAUGCAGCAGCAGAUGAUGAUGUACCCUCAUCAUUACAUGCCUUACAAUAAUCAUCAUUUUCAAUACCAACAAUAUCAACAGCAGCAACAAAAACAGCAGCAGCAGCAAGGCUACUUGCAGAAACAGCAGCAAGGAUCUAAUACGGAUGAGGUUAAAACGAUCUGGGUUGGUGACCUUGUUCAUUGGAUGGAUGAAACUUAUCUUCAUGGUUGCUUCUCUCACACUGGAGAGGUUUCUUCUGUAAAGAUUAUACGCAAUAAGCAAACUGGUCAGUCUGAAGGAUAUGGUUUCAUUGAGUUUUACUCACGUGCAGCAGCUGAAAAGGUUUUGCAAAGCUUUAAUGGCUCUCUAAUGCCAAAUACAGAGCAGCCUUUUCGUCUGAAUUGGGCUUCAUUCAGUGUAACUGAAAGGCGAUCGGAUGCUGGUUCUGACCUAUCUAUAUUUGUAGGGGAUUUGGCUGCGGAUGUAACUGAUACGAUAUUGCAUGAAACCUUUUCUGGUAGAUUUCAAUCUGUUAAAGGAGCAAAAGUUGUUAUUGAUUCAAAUACUGGUCGUUCAAAAGGUUACGGUUUUGUGAGGUUCAGUGAUGAAAAUGAAAGGUCAAGGGCCAUGACUGAAAUGAAUGGUGUGUAUUGCUCAAGUAGACCUAUGAGAAUUGGUGUUGCUACUCCCAAGAAAGCAUCUGGAUAUCAGCAACAGUAUUCUUCACAAGCUUUGGUAUUGGCUGGUGGUCAUGGAUCAAAUGGUGCUAUGGCCCAAGGUUCUCAAUCUGAUAAUGACUCAAACAAUGCUACUAUAUUUGUUGGAGGACUUGACUCAGAUGUUAGUGAUGAUGAUCUCAGACAACCUUUUUCCCAGUUUGGUGACAUCAUCUCUGUAAAAAUACCACCUGGAAAAGGUUGUGGGUUUGUGCAAUUUGCAAACAGGAAGAAUGCUGAGGAUGCAAUCCAGAGUUUGAAUGGGACAACCAUAGGCAAGCAGACUGUUCGUCUUUCUUGGGGCCGCAGUCUAGGAAACAAGCAGUGGAGAGGUGAUUCUGGUAACCAGUGGAAUGGAGGAUAUUAUCGAGGGCAAGGCUAUGGGGGUUACGGUUAUGGCUAUGCUACACCACCAAAUCAGGACCCAAGCAUGUAUGCUGCGGCUGCUGUUCCUGGUGCUUCUUAAGAAGGGUGGUUUGACAACUACCAAUAUCUUGUAAUCUGAACUUGCCGGAGAGAAUUUAAGUUUAUUCAUCAGAUUCAUUAUUUAAGUAGGAUGGGUUUUGCUUGCUGCUUUGGCUCAAUCUUCACAGAAUUUUGUAGCUGGAUUUUAUUUUAAAUCUUGGAGUUGUUUUAGAACUGUAUUAAUAUGUCAUUGACAACUUCGGUUUUGUGCUUGAGAGGUGUUUUUUUUAUGUGUCGGGAAGCUUCCUUCUUUUUAUUUUUUUUUUAAUUUUCUAUUUGUUCAGAAUUGAAUUUUACAGACAAUGAAGAAGGGUGGACUUAGUCACCAAUUCCUACAUGUUGGAGCAAAUACAAAUCUAUGUUCUUA